AUGGAACCACCUGCUACAAGACCACGCGGCCCAUCAUGCCGCCUGAUUUUUGCUUUCGUUGCGAUCUUGAUAUUCGCCUCCGUUGGUUAUCUAUUUUUAUCAGGACAAAUCGAAUUCGAGUAUAUAAACCAACGAUUUUAUUUCGGGUCCCGAAUUGUUCAUCAGCUUCAAGCUCUUCCUCUUGCCAGCAUGCGGUCUAUCUCGCUGUCGGUGCUCGGUCUCUGUUCUGGGAUUUUUGCUCAGUUGACCACAGUCCAAGUCGAUCAAUAUAUCGCCACUGAAUCCACUUCUGCAAUGGAAGGGUUAUUGGCUAACAUCGGUCCGUCUGGUGCCAAAUCUUCGGGAGCAAAGCCUGGCGUGGUUAUCGCGAGUCCCAGUACCACUGAUCCAAAUUAUCUCUUUACGUGGACAAGAGAUUCCUCGCUGGUUUUCAAGACCAUUAUUGAUCAAUUUACGCGGGGGGAAGAUUCAAGCUUUCGAACACUCAUUGAUCAAUUUGUUACCGCAGAAGCUCAGCUGCAACAAACGCCGAACCCGAGCGGCACAAUAUCUACAGGUGGAUUGGGCGAACCAAAGUUCAACAUUGAUUUGAGUGCAUUUACGGGUCCAUGGGGAAGGCCUCAGCGCGAUGGUCCCGCUCUCCGCUCCACCGCCAUAAUCACCUACGCCAAUUGGCUCAUCGCCAACUCUAACACGACAUUUGUGACAAAAACUCUAUGGCCGAUUGUUAAACUCGACCUUGACUACGUCUCUACCUUUUGGAAUCAAUCGGGUUUCGACCUCUGGGAGGAAAUCAAUUCAAGCUCUUUCUUCACCACCGCUGUUCAGCAUCGUGCCCUUCGUGAGGGUAUAACUUUGGCCCAGAAAAUCGGUCAAACUUCCGUGGUCAGCGACUAUACCACUCAAGCUGACAACAUCUUAUGCUUCUUGCAAUCGUACUGGAAUCCAUCCAAUGGCUAUAUUACCUCCAAUACAGGUGGUGGCCGAUCAGGAAAAGACGCCAAUUCGGUAUUGGCGUCCAUUCACACCUUCGACUCUUCAGCUGGUUGCGACGCUGCAACGUUCCAACCUUGUUCGGAUAAAGCGCUUUCGAGUUUAAAGGUUUACGUCGACUCGUUCCGUUCUAUCUAUUCCAUCAAUAGUGGGAUCGCGGCCGAUGCUUCUGUUGCUACUGGUCGUUACCCUGAGGACGUGUACUUCAACGGCAACCCGUGGUACCUCACAACUGCAGCCGUUGCUGAGCAGCUUUACGAUGCCCUCAUUGUCUGGAAGGCGCAAGGUUCCAUCGAGGUGACAUCCACCUCUCUUGCCUUCUUCAGACAACUCUCGCCUUCUGUUGUGACUGGGACAUACUCUUCAUCGACAUCGACAUUCACAACUCUCAUCAAUGCUGUUCAAACCUUUGCGGAUGGUUUCCUUGCCAUCAAUGCGAAGUACACUCCCCCGAACGGCGGACUUGCUGAACAAUAUAGCAAGAUUGACGGCACCCCUCUGAGUGCAGUGGACUUGACUUGGAGUUAUGCGUCGGCGUUGACGGCCUUUGCUGCGAGGAAGGGGGUUGUGCCUGCUAGUUGGGGUGCAAAAGACCUUGCGGUUCCUUCCAUCUGUAGGGCCAAUACUGGACCUAUUGCUGAGGUCACCUUCAACGUCUACGCGACCACUCAGUUCGGAGAAACCAUUUUUUUGACUGGAUCUGUCGAUGCGUUGCAGAAUUGGUCUCCUGACAAAGCGCUGGCGCUAUCUUCCGCUAACUAUCCUACCUGGAGUGUCACUGUCGCAGUCCCCGCCAACACCAACAUCGAAUACAAGUACAUUCGGAAGUUCAAUGGGCAAGUGGUAUGGGAGUCCGAUCCCAACAAUGCAUUCACGAGCCCUGGCUCUGGGCAAUCGGUUACACUGGGUGAUACCUGGAGGUGA